AUGGAUGAUUUUGCAAUUGCUGUAAGUAGAUAUAGAAGAAGAAAAUACGAUUAGUCAAUUCAUUUAUGCGAUAAGAUUCUUUAAGCAAAUAAUUUAGAUUAAUCUGCUUGGGUUUUGAAGGCUAGCAGUUUAAUAAGAAAACUGUUUUUAGAUGAUAUUGAAAUAGAUGAAUAAGGAAUUGGUGAUUAAUUAAUGAAUGAUGAUUCAAUAAAUACAGUUGCUAGACCUGGUACAAGCUUACAAAGACCUGGAAGCUAAGCUGGAUAAGUAUUAAGAAUAUAUUAUUUUUGGGUAUUCGACCAAUGAG